CCAAGCAGCAAAUGCACCGCCGCCAUGGAAAGCGAGUACUGGAUCUUCAUCGGGCAACAAGAAAGCUCAUCCAUAAACGUGCGGGCGAAAUAGGAUUUUGUCCAAGAACAAGACAGCUUCCAGGAAAGUUGGCAAUAUAAGCUGCCUAACCGUUACUUUUAUAGAGGCAUAGCUCCACUUUCGCAUCCUAAUCCAGGAAAUUCAUAAACAAAAUUUCUGGAAAUUGAAAUCAGUUUCCAUUGAAGCGCCAGACAUAAGUUUUCCUCAGCUGGUUUGACGUGUAAAAAGAGGAGUCUGUUCUUGAGCCACUCCAGACUGCGAAAUGAAGGCCAAGAACUCCGCUGAAGGUCAAAGCAGCAUUCAUCUGGAUAUUCCUCAGCUUCAGAAGGAAAAUGAAACCAUCAUUUCACCCGCCACAAUCUUUGAGCCGCAAACUAGUGAUGGUAGGAGAGAAGGAAGCAGCGGAAACUCUGUUUCCCCUGCGCUGCCAGCUGUUUCAGCCCCCGAGAAAAAGCUGACUCUGUUUGCUCUCCACCUUGCGGUUCUCGAAAAAGCAGCCACUGGCCUGGGAACCCUUGGUUUCAUCUGGGCGACGGUUGUGCUCUUGGGGGGCUUUGCCGAUUCCCUAGACAAAACCGACUUCCCGCUCAUCACCAUCAUUUUAUUAAUUGAAGGUGCUCGAAUAUUCAGCAGGAGUCAUGAGCUGGUAUGGCAACACCAGUCCACAUGGUCAAUAGAUGAUGCCAGAAUUAGCAGCUUCCGAGAGCUAAGAUCGAGCGCUAGAGCUCCAGUUGAAUCCGUGAAGGAGGAUAUGUCGAGCCCCGUAAGCCCUGCUACGAGGAAGCAAAGUCAACACAUCAGGGAUAUUUCCGAAACUACAGAUGCGACAGAUGUUAGAGAGCAGAAAUUGAAACAGAAGCCAACCCGGAUUUGGACUUCUUCUGAAGUUCCUAUUGUACCUUAUGCAGGGUGCUUUUUCCAUUCGAGAAACGUCAGCAAGAUUCUCUAUUGGCUCCAGCUCUUGUCUGCAAUUGCCUGCGUCGUGCUCUCAUUGAUGAAGCUCAUCAAGCAUAAUUUUGGUGAGCUAGCUGAAGGAGACACUGACAAGAGGAACAUGGAAGCUGCUCUGUAUAUCUUUUAUGCCUUGGCUUUGGCAGAAGCUCUGGUCGUCCUGACAGAGAGAGUUUACUGGGAGUGGAAGGUUGUCAUCUGUAAGCUUCUCGAAGGGGUGAAUGAGGAACGUGAUCUGGGGGCAUCAGGUAUGAUCGCGACUCGGAGAUUUUUCUACGACUCCUAUUCGAGAUGUAUUAAUGGGAGCAUUUUUGAUGGCCUGGGAAUGGAUAUGGUGACUUUUGCGAAGGAUCUCUUAUUUUCAAACUCACCAGACGAGCAGCUCAUGGGAGCCAGGAUUCUUCAUCGAAUUUCUACAAAAGAACUGUUUUCAGAUGACGCGCUUCAGAAGAUAGGAACAACUCUGCCAGUUAUAGAGAGACUGGUGGAGAUCUUAAACUGGAAAGACCCACAAGAGGAAGAAAUCAGGCUAUCAGCUGCAGAAAUAGUUUCCAAAUUAGCCGGGAAAAAGCAAAACUCCCUUCGUGUCGCUGGUAUACCCGGGGCAAUGGAAUCGAUAUCAUCUCUUCUCCAGACAAACAGAAGCCCCAGUUCUGCAGCGGACGAAAUUGGCAAAAAGAAAAUCAUCUUUGACCAUGAAGGCUAUGGCUACUGGGCUUUCAAUAAUUUGGGACUUCUCAUUCUGAAGAAACUAGCCCGGGAUCAUGAUAACUGCGAAAAAAUUGGAAACACAAGGGGCCUUCUAUCUAAAAUCGUAGAUUUCACUCGUGCUGAUGAAAUAACAUUGAAGGACUCAAGUGUCACCACAUCGCAGGUUUUGAAUGUUAAAAGGUCCUUACAGCUUAUGAAGAGGCUGGCAAGCACAACGGGUACCACCGAGAAAAAUAUUCCGAGAGAGAUCUCUGAGAUAGUCUUCACCAUAAGCAACAUAAGAGAUGUUCUACGACACGGAGAGAAGCGACUGGAACUGCAGAAACUAGGUAUUGAGAUCCUUACCAGUUUGGCACUAGAAGACGAUGCCUCGGAGCGAAUAAGAGAGACCGGUGGAGUUCUGAAAGAACUGUUAAAGAUAUUCUUCCAACAAGGAGUACCGGAAGAACAAAGGGAUGUGAGGAUCGUGGCCGGAGAAGCCCUGGCAAUGCUGGCUUUCGAAAGCAAGAGCAACUGUCAUCGAAUCUUGAAGUUAAAUGUAGUGCAGAGGCUCGUAGAAGCAUUGGAGAUUCCGCUUCUUCGUGUUAAUGCUGGAAGAAUUUUGAGGAAUCUGUGCACUUACAGUGGACCAGAGUCCUCCAACCAGCUAGAGGGAGUAACAGCAGCAGCACCAAUAGUUCUCAAUGCAAUCUUAUCAGAAGAAGGCAAACUACAAGAGGUAAUGGUUGGGCUAGCGGCACAUGUUUUCAAGUUCAUGACAGCAGAAGAAUCCACUGCCGUCUACAGGAGGGCAGGGUUUAGAGAAGCCGAAUUAGCUUGCGCUUUGGUCGAGAUCCUGAGGAGCCACCGGAACCCACACAUAAAGGUGCCGAGCAUGAGAAGGUUUGCUAUCGAGCUGGCAAUCUGCAUGAUGAGGGACAAAUCGACUAAUGUGCAGAUCUUCAGGGAUUUGGGCAUGGAGGAGGAGCUUGAAGGGGUCUUGGAUACGACAUCAGAGCUAGAGAGCUUCAAUUUUUUCUCUGGCACCAUUGGACUAAGCAGGCACAGCACGACCAUUCACUCACUUGUUGAGGCCGCACUUAUGCUGCUGAAGAACAGGUUUGAUCAACCGCUACAUUACUAAGCAAGUGAUGAUGCCAAAUUAUCCAACAAAUGGGAAUUCCUGAAGCAAAGAAAUAAAGGUAAUUGCUUCUUUAGCAAUCCCGCCUAACUUAAGUCUGAUGAAAUGCUUCUGAAAGUUUACACCUUCCUUGUUUGUUCGCACGAAAUUUGUGCCAUUGACAGCACACCACGUGUACUACUACCGAAACAUAUGCAAGAUGUGUACAUACAUCCACACAUUCUUUUGCAUUUCGAUUUAACUACUGAACAUUAAAGCAUCCAAGCGUUGCAUAUACCGUGAUUCUGAGCUCCCUACUUCUGCUAUGAAAAGACCCGAUUUUUCCUUCCAAAUCUUUUUCUACUUACCAGCGAAUCGAAGACUUAAGGACGAUAUACUUCAAUUCGAUCUUUACCUAUAUUCAACAUGCCUACACCAAGAACAAGAA